UGGGUUGCCAGAAUUUCGUGGAUUUCCUUUUUAGCGUUUUUUAUAAAUAAACGUUUUGAUUUUAAUACAAUAAUUUUGAAUUGCUUAAAUCAUAAUGGAGACGCUCCUGGAGCAGCAACGUCGCUGCCAUGAGGAACGUGAACGCUUGGUUAAAUUAAUGGUAGAUGAGCAUGCGACCAAGAAGCCUGGCGAGAAGGAACGAAUCCAUUCGGAGCACCGGCUAAAAUAUUUAAUGGAACUCCAUCACAAUGCCACAACGCAGCUGCGUGAGCUUUAUGAGGACAAGGACAACGAAAGGAAAGCAGAGAUUGCGGCGCUUUCCGGUCCAAAUGAGUUUAAUGAGUUCUAUGCUCGCUUGAAACAAAUUAAGCAAUUCUACAAGACACAUCCAGCAGAGGUUAGUGUUCCCCUCUCUGUGGAAUUCGAGGAAAUGAUCAAGGUGUACAAUAAUCCGGAUGACUUGGGCGCCUUGGUGGAGUUUACUGACGAAGAGGGAGGUGGUCGUUACUUGGAUCUGAAUGAGUGCUAUGAAAUCUACUUGAAUCUGAGAGCCGUGGAGAAACUUGACUAUAUCAGCUACUUGAUGUCCUUCGACCAUGUUUUUGACAUCCCACGUGAGCGUAAGAAUCGCGAGUAUCGAAAAUAUCUGGAGACAUUGAAUGAUUAUCUGCACAAUUUCAUAGUGCGCAUCCAGCCUCUGUUGGAUCUGGAGGGAGAAUUGCUAAAAGUGGAAUUGGAUUUUCAGCGUCAGUGGUUGCAGGGUGCAUUUCCGGGCUGGUCACAGAAGGAGACCACAGAAUCGGCUCUGGCUAAUACUGGAGCACAUUUGGAUCUGUCGGCCUUCUCUAGCUGGGAGGAACUGGCCUCCCUUGGUUUGGAUCGUCUAAAGUCCGCCUUGGUUGCCCUGGGUCUUAAGUGUGGUGGUACUUUGGAAGAACGGGCCCAAAGAUUGUUUUCAACCAAGGGGAAAAGCACCUUGGAUCCGGCAUUAAUGGCCAAGAAGCCAAGCGCCAAGAACACCAAUGCUCAGACUCGAGAGAAUGAACGCAAUAAGGAGAUUGCCCAACUGGAAGCUCUUCUCUACAAAUAUGCCGAACUUCUGUCUGAACAGAGAGCGGCCACCAAAGAGAAUGUUCAACGCAAACAAGCUCGCACGGGAGGCGAACGUGAUGACAGCGAUGUAGAAGCCAGCGAAUCAGAAAACGAUGACGAUCCCGAUGCCGAUGACGUUCCAUAUAAUCCCAAGAAUUUGCCCUUGGGCUGGGACGGCAAACCCAUUCCGUAUUGGCUGUAUAAACUGCAUGGCCUAAAUAUAAGCUACAAUUGCGAGAUCUGCGGUAAUUUUACCUAUAAGGGUCCGAAAGCUUUCCAGCGUCACUUUGCAGAGUGGCGACAUGCCCAUGGAAUGCGCUGCCUUGGCAUACCCAAUACGGCUCACUUCGCCAACGUCACUCAAAUCGAGGAUGCCAUUACGUUGUGGGAGAAGCUCAAGUCACAAAAGCAGAGCGAGCGCUGGAUAGCCGACCAAGAGGAAGAGUUUGAGGACUCACUGGGCAAUGUGGUGAACCGCAAGACAUUUGAAGAUCUUAAGCGCCAGGGAUUACUGUAAUUCUAGUUUUAAAUACGCAUUUUAUUGUAAACCUUUUUACAAAUUAAAACUAUCAACUUAA